ACAACUUUCAAAUCUAACAGUAUCAACCUGCGCGGUUUCGCGCAACCAACUUCAGGCGGUAAUUUGAGUUCGUUAAAAACUUCAUAUAUGGGCAACGAAGUGCUACGGUGAUUUGGACAUUCCUCGCGCGAUUUCAUCGGGGCAGCGUGAUGUUUUUCGCAGAAUCGCGUAUGCACUGCGUCCUUCUACAUGAUCGGCCAUGAGUUCCUUUUAAGUUCCGGGACGCUAUCAGACUCGCGUGGCCGACGCGGCCUCUCGUUCGUCGCAAUCUAACACCAUGGCACGCCGUGGAAAGCGAGACCUCAAACUUAACGUCUCCGAUGAAACACCCGCGCCAGUGACGCCACCAAGGAAUUUAGACAAACGGACUACUAUUACUAUUGAUGAUAAAACAUUUGUUGUGGAAGCUGACGACUUGGAAACACUUUGUGUACUCGGCCGUGGAGCAUAUGGGAUUGUUGAUAAAAUGCGACACAAGCAAAGUGGCACAAUUAUGGCAGUAAAGAGAAUAACUGCUACGGUUAACACACAAGAACAAAAGCGGCUGCUUAUGGACCUAGAUAUUUCUAUGCGUAGUUCAGCAUGUUCCUACACAGUACAAUUUUACGGAGCCUUAUUUCGAGAGGGAGAUGUAUGGAUAUGCAUGGAAGUAAUGGAUAUGAGCCUUGAUAAAUUUUAUAUGAAAGUUUACAAACAUGGCCGUGCUAUUCCUGAAGAUAUUUUAGGAAAAGUGGCUUUUGCGGUAGUAAGUGCAUUGCAUUACCUCUAUUCACAAUUACGGGUAAUUCACAGGGACGUUAAGCCUAGUAAUAUUCUAAUCAAUCGAAAAGGUGAAGUGAAGAUUUGUGACUUUGGUAUAUCUGGUUAUCUUGUGGAUUCAGUUGCUAAGACUAUCGAUGCUGGUUGUAAACCAUAUAUGGCUCCAGAAAGGAUAGAUCCGUCGGGUAACCCGUCGCAGUACGACAUCAGAUCCGACGUCUGGUCAUUAGGAAUUUCCCUUGUUGAAUUAGCCACGGGUAAAUUUCCAUACGAGUCGUGGGGUACACCAUUCGAGCAACUGAAACAAGUGGUGAAAGACGAAGCUCCGAAGUUACCUGCUGACAAAUUCUCCUCUUCGUUUGAGGAAUUUAUUAAUAAGUGUCUAAUGAAAAAUUACACUGCCCGUCCAAACUACAGUCAAUUGUUGGAACUCAACUUUAUCACGGAACACGCUCAGAAAGACAUAAAUGUGGCAGAAUUUGUCGGAGAGAUUCUAGACUUACCAGAAAACGAGCAGCCGGCAUAGUGCAUAUUGUGCCAGUUAAUCUAACUUGACCUGCAACUUCAAUCUU